AUGGCCCCAGACGCGGCCAUUGGACAGGCCACGGGCCACAGGCCUCAGAUCAGUAUGAGGCAGGGCUGUAGCAAGAAGCUUCAGCCGAACAGUGAGGGCCACACAAAGUCCAGCAGACUUUGUGAGGAGGAGGAGGAGGAUAAACCUCCCCAGGAAGAGCCAGGGCAUCAGGGGUUGAAGCGGUCCCGGCAAAAAGCAGGCCUUUCCACCAAAGGCGGCAGACGUACCAAACGCCAACGCAGAGCUACGUUUGAGGAGUCGUACAUGGAGCAGCACUUCCUUGGAGAAGGUGGAUUUGGAAGUGUUUUUGCUGGGAUCCGCAUUGAGGAUCAAAUGCCUGUUGCCAUCAAGUAUAUCUCUAAAGACAGGGCAGAGGAGACGCUUGAGAUUCCUGGACAGGGUACUUUGCCUUUGGAGGUGGCUCUGAUGAGCAUGGUGAACGCAGCCCCUCACUGUUCAAACAUCCUACGGCUGUUGGAGUGGUUUGAACAACCAAGUCAGUUCGUUUUGAUCCUGGAGCUGCUUGAACCCUGUCAGGAUCUCGCCGAAUUCUGCGAAGCGCAGGGUGGCUCCCUGGAUGAGAAUGUGACUCGCGAGGUGAUGAAGCAGUUGUUGAGGGCUUUGCGUCACUGCGAGAAGCGCGGGGUUCUCCACCGUGACGUGAAGCCUGAAAACGUGCUCAUUCUGACGGACUCUCACACGGUCAAACUCAUCGACUUUGGCUGCGGAGACCUGCUUCAGGACUGCCCUUACGACUACUUUGCAGGGACCUUUCAAUAUGCACCACCUGAAUGGUUCCUGCAUAGUGAGUAUAUGGCAGGCCCAGCCACUGUCUGGUCUGUGGGAGUGACCAUGUUCCGUCUAGUGUGUGGCUUUGCACCAUUCACCUCCAGUCGACAGAUCAUCCAGAGCCAUCUACCUUUCCCUCAAGGACCAUCUGCAGAGUUCCAAGACCUGAUUCGCUGGUGCCUGAAAGAAAAUCCAGAGGAUCGUCCAACCCUGAAACAGAUGAGGCGCCACCGCUGGAGUGAGGCUCAUGUGCGGAGACUACAGAAAGAGCGUGAUGAGCUGGAGCAGAGGCUCACAGACCUGAGAAAAGCUUGGUCCUUCCUCAGUGACCUGACCAAGCUUCACAGGAGCUACCUCCAGCACUGCAACACUCACCCUGAUGAAGAGCCAGUGUAUGGUCCCUCCUGUAUGCCAGCACUGCUGCUGGAAGCCAGAGGCACGCUGGGAGCAGAGCAUCAGCCGAAGACUGUUCAUGAAAAACUGCAGCAAAGCGUAGACCAAGCUGACAACAAAUAA